AUGCCGGAGGGAGGCACGGAGCCCGCUGCCGGGGCCGCCGAUCCCGGUUCCACCGCCCAGGACCCCCGCUGGCUGCUUCCUGGCGCCCACCAGCCCUCCUGUUCCUCAGCUCCGCCGAAGCCCACCGUGUUGGGGGUCGUACCUUCCCGGCCCCGCCGGCGGCCGCCUCCCCAGUGCCCACACCGCUGCUCAGACUGCGACAAGGCCUUCUCCUACCCGUCCAAGCUGGCUACACACCGGUUGGCGCAUGGCGGAGUCCGACCCCACCCGUGCCCAGACUGCCCCAAGGCCUUCUCCUACCCCUCCAAGCUGGCUGCCCACCGCCUCACGCACCAUGCCACAGACGCCCGCCCACACCCCUGCCCGCACUGCCCCAAGGCCUUCGGCCACCGCUCCAAGCUGGCUGCACACCUCUGGACCCACGCCCCCUCACGCCCCUACCCGUGCCCCGACUGCUCCAAGUCCUUCUGUUACCCCUCCAAGCUGACGGCCCACCGCCACACGCACCAUGCCACAGACGCCCGCCCCUACCCCUGCCCACACUGCCCCAAAGCCUUCUCCUUUCCCUCCAAGCUGGCCGCCCACCGCCUUUGCCACGACCCUCCUGUGGCGCGUGGCCAGGCCUCAGGCCGCCAUCGGUGCUCCAGCUGUGACCAGGCUUUUGGCCAGAGAUGCCUGCUGCUCCUCCACCAGCGCGGCCACCAGGCCAAGGGCCAGGGCAAGAGAGAGCUCAGCCUCCCUCUGCUGCCAGGUGUGCUGUGCACAGAACACUGGUGGUACACAAUGCAGAUGGGAGUGGUCUAG